AUGGAAUGGGCCCGAUCACAGGCUCAGUCGACACUGAAAUCGCCUCACCUGCAACCUCAUUCUGAAAGUGGGAGUCGAGAUACUAUCUUUGCAUGGAGAGCCAAUGGAUUCCAGGUCGAACCUGAAUCUGGCAUAUGGAACGAUCUACUCGAAACGGAUUACACACAGGAGCCUAUGACCUGGGACUCUGGCUCAGUAGCUGGGUCGUUGCUUGAUUAUAAUUCAAUGCUGCUCAGUUCCAUGCUCAACGAUACCGAGAACUCCCAGAAGAAGCCCCAGGCAGAGAUUCCUGGUAAAUCCACAUCCACAGGGUCUAUCCCUGAUCUCAUGCCACCAUACUUGCCUAAUUCCUCAGAUACCUCUCCCCAGUCACUCUCAGACUUCGAACUCGAUCCGAUGUAUCAUCAGAUGUGGCUGGCUCCCCAGACCUCUCUCGUGUACACUAAUCUCGGAUCAGUCCCAUCCGAAAGCCCCCGACGGCAAAAUGACUCUCCCUGGACGUCUCUCAAUCAGCAACCAUCCCACUGGAACAGCUCGCAAAGGUCCCUCUCCCCAUUCUCCAUCGAUCAACAAAUGAUCAACACAUCCAACUGCAGCCUGGCCUCAGCAAACCUUCUUCAAAUCUACAAUGACGUGCUAGAGCAUAAUCUCUCAUGCUGGUUAAACGACAUGACUUGUCCCUACGAGCCGGGGUCCCGAGAUACCCCUCGUCUCGUGCCGGAAUGGGGCUCCUCCCGGUCAAAUAUGAUAUAUCAGCGCACAAUUAGGCUCGAUCGAGUCGCACAGUCCUGUAAGCUGCUGCAGCUAACACGCGCCGAGGAUCAGGCCGCGUCCAGGGCUUUACACCUUGCAAUGAUGGCAUUUGCUACACAGUGGGCACAGGGCAGUCGUCGACACCGUGAAAACUAUCCGGCCAGGCUUCUCGAUGAUGGAGAGGAAGAUACUGAUCAUGGCAUCGCGGAAGAGUUUGACCGCAUUCUUCAACACCACUUGUGGGACCUGGCGCACCGCGCACUCCAACAAGUCUCCGAUUUGGAGUCAUAUAGAGUGGCAUGUGCCGAACUGAUCUUCGGCUUGAUCCAACAGCCAUGGAAUACCAGUAAUGGGUCUCCUAGAGAUAGGACACAAGAUCACGGUCGCAAGUUUGCCAUAGACGCGGUCCUGUCAACGAUAAACCAAAUAAUGGAUAAAGAAGGGCCACCAAUAUACAUGGAGAGGGCAGCUCGAAAGAUGCACGCACUGAAGUAUCGAAGCGACACGCUCAAGAAAGGCCUCAGCAAGCUGCAUGGCAGUCGCGAGACGGGAAAUCAAGGCAUUGAGGCCCUGAGCUCUGAUGAUCGAGGGACGAUUGGCCUGCUCUACUGGUUGGCUAUCAUGAGUGACACCCUCUCCUCAUCCAUGAACGAACGACCUGUUGUGGUACUUGAUCAGGAUUGCGACCACGAAGGGCAAAAGGAUAUCCAGAAAGCUGGUUUGAUGGACACACCCGCGGGACGGACUCGGUGGAAUCCCGAGCUUUUUUUGCAAGGAAACUUCAAAGAGAUGCGUCAAACGCACUGGCCCUGCUCCUAUGAGGCCGCCGCUGAAGACAUUAUCAAAUCAGCGCCGGUCAAGGUUCUUUUCUUUCGCCACCUGUCAUACAUACAAAAUGCUAUUCGCAAGAGCGCCUCCGAAGACCAGAUUGAAGAAAUCCUGCACAUGACAACAUUGCUAUAUGAAUAUUGGAACAGAACGCACGGCGCUUUCUUCAGUGAACUAGUGCAGAACUACCGUGAUGUUCCGCAGCGCAUACAGGGCUGGUUUCUGUGUAUCUCUGCGCACUGGCACCUCGCUGCCCUAAUGCUUGCCGAUCUACUAGAUUUCAUUGACGAGAAUUCCUUGGGUAUGGAGGAUGCAACUCAUAUUCGUCUCACCAGUCAAGCGGCGAAGAAAAUGAGAAUCCACAGUGCCAGGGAGCUAUCGCAUCUGGCAAGGGUUGGUACAAUGCCUAUCAAUAAUGGUAAUAGCAGGGUUGUACCGCAGAUGCCGGAGUUUCACCACGCUGUCAAUGAGGGCACGCUCCUGACCGAACCAUGGACGAUGAUUUUGAUUAGGGCGUUUGCCAAAGCUUGCUUGGUCUUUCUAGGCGAAUUAGAUGAGUCCUUUCACUAUUCUGGGACUACACUCGGGCACAAUGGCCAUGAACUUGAGCAGAAUAUGGAUCAGGCCGAAAAUUGUAUCAAAGGGCUAUGGUUACUGGGUAAAAAGUCAGAUAUGGCGAGGGAGAUUGCUGGGGCACUUUCCCUCGCUUUAAAGGAGAUUCGAAAUGGGUGUGCUAUAUAG